CCUUUUUUCAUUUCCGUGCAGCAAUAUUGCAAGAAAAUGAAUUCGUUCACUUCAAGAUUGAAUUCCCUGUUUGCCUUUACACUUAGUGUAAUGGCUGCACUAACAUUUUGUUGCUUCAUGACUACCGUAUUCAAUACUCACAUAAGACCUGUUGAAGUGAAAGUGGCCAAAGUAUCAGUGUAAGUAACGUAAUACCUAGCCGGCUUGCAAGACAGCAGUCUGAAAUUUAACCGAUUUUUAAGGAUGACGUGUACACAAUAAAAAUUAAAAUAUUAAAGAAAUAUUGUUUAGUUUUAUAAUAGUUUUUUUCAUAGUAUGCCGCAUUGGAUUUAUGAUGGUAAUUAAGUUCAUUGAGUAGUGACUUUGUAAAAGUUGUUACUUUGUUGUUUUGUUUGUUGUUGGGGGGGCGCUAUUGGGCGUAAAGUGUUGUUUUAGAGAAUUUAAUUUCUUUUUUCAAUAUUGAAAUCUAAAUAGCAUUUUAUAUUAAGUGUAUGCAUGACAUUGAACUUUCAUACUUAGGUACCAUCCAAAAAAUGAUAGCACACUAUUUUGAACCUUUUUUAAAUUUCUAAACACCCCCCUCCCCCCCCCCCCCACACACACUUUUUUUCCUCAGGAAAUGAUCCGCAAAAAAAAUAUUAAAUAGAAUUAUACACCCUCAUCACCUGUAAUGAAAAUAGAAUUUUAUAUUAAGUGUAUGCAUGACAUUGAACUUUCAUACUUAGGUACCAUCCAAAAAAUGAUAGCACACUAUUUUGAACCUUUUUUAAAUUUCUAAACACUCCCCCCCCCCCCCCCCCACACACACUUUUUUUCCUCAGGAAAUGAUCCACAAAAAAAAUAUUAAAUAGAAUUAUACACCCUCAUCACCUGUAAUGUUCAAUCCAUAUGUUAGUACCUUAAAAAAUAUCACAUUUUCAAACUCCUUUCCCUAUGGCACUGACAGGGCCUUGCGUAGUGGGGUGAAGGGGUACCCAUCCUAGGCGCCAACCUUAAGAGGGCAUUGCAUUCUGGAAAAUUUGACUGUUUGAAUUAACGUGCUCGGAAGUCAACCGGAAUUUCUUUUAAAAAAUAAAUUUUGGACCCCCAGGAAUUUUUGGUCUGGCAAACGCCGUCAUCCUCCCGACUUUAGACUCUUCCACUUCCAGUCCAAAAUGCUGGAAAUGCCAGAAUCUCUAAAUUUUUGGGAAAAGUUUUAACUUGUUUCUGAAACACUAGGUGUGUCAAAAUGAUUUUUUUUAAAUAUCCCACUACUAGUCAAUUCCUGAGCAAACUGUUUUAACUGUUAAAGUUUACAAGUUUACCGGAAUGAGAUCAGGCAUAUUUGGAAACCCACAGAAUAUCAAAUUUGAUUACAUCACCUCUUACUGCUUUGAGCUUUGCAGUUAUAAAUUAUUGUUGAAUAAAAAUUAUUGGUGAAUAAUUAAAUACGUUAAAACAUUAGUGGCCAUAUGGAGGCAUAAUUAAAUUCCCUACAGCGAUAUUUUAUCUCAUUGAGUAGCCAAUACUGGUAGCAUAAAGGUUAGACUAAGGUAUGUUCACACUCCAGAUUUGUUGCAGUCACAAAUCAAAUGAUGGUGAUAAAUCCAUGUUGACAAGCCACUGCUAUUUAUUGAUGCUUACAAUCUCCAGAAAGUUAUGAUUGACAUAGGUAUGGUUUCUGAUGCAGACCUUUUGUUUAUAAUUAUGUGCAUGUGGCUCUUUGAAUUAAGAAAUGCAAUUUUUUUCAUAUAAUUUUACAUUACAUGUAAGAGUGAAUAAAUAAUCACGUUUCCAUAAUGUAACUGUUAAACAUUGUCAUAUGUGGUGUUUGGAAAAGUGGCUAUAUUAAAGCACUAACUUAAUUAGUUAGAAUCAAGUGAGGAUAUUACCCAAAUAACAUAUUACUGGCGGCAGUGGUACUUCUGUACUUAAUUUACAUGCCUGAUGAAGGGAAUUAAUUCCGUUAUGCUGUUGAUUACAUUUCUGUACUUAAUUUACAUGCCUGAUGAAGGGAAUUAAUUCCGUUAUGCUGUUGAUUACAUUUGUAAAAUAUUUGUUAAGCUACUAAAUAUUAAUUAAUAUUAAUGAAUUAAGGAUAAAUGCAUCCAGAAAUGAAUAAAGUUGUAAUGAAAAAUAUAGCAUGAACAGCAAAAAUGAACUAGCAUUGACAAAAAAUAUAUUAUUCUAGGCACCUCGGAUAAACACAUACGAGAUAAAGAAGAACCAUACUAAAGAUUGAAAGUGAAACAAGAUAUAAACUUCUGGUUUUUAAAUUAAAAACAUGCCAUCGCCGGAAGUCUCAAGGGACGUUAAAUGCCAGGACGCAUCCAUCAGAACCCCUAAAUGACACAUUUAGUCACAACGGUCGGGAAUGAGUUAAAGUGAUUAACCACCCAUACAUGUGAAAAACUAUUUAAAUUUGUAUAUAUUUUUGUAUCUUUAACUUUAUUCUAUUUUAAAAAUUAAAAAAUAUGCCAUUUUCCCUGUCAUCUUUUUUUUUUCUUUUUUUUUAUCACUUCAAUAAAAUCAAACUUGAAUUUUUUUCACAAAUUUUAAUCCUCGAACUACGGAAUAUGCCUACUGGUAGGGCAACUAUCAAAUACUAAUAGUUUGUAAACAAGCCCUGUCAGCUGAUGACAAGUCAUGUGCACUGAUAAAAAAAUAUAACGUAAUUGUGUGUAUAUAUAGCCAGCCAACAAUUAUACUACAAAACUGUGAAGUGAUACCUGUUUUUCCAGCAAGCAACACAUGGUAAUAGAAAUCUUGCUAUUCAUAUGGCUACAUUACCCAGCUAAGAAUCCCAGGGACAAAUCCCCAGCAUGAAUGUAACUUCAGACAACAUAAGUUGGAAGUUUCUAAUUGACUGGCUUAAAAAGUUCCUUAGAUUUUUACUAUUGAGUCAUCCCAAUGGGCAACGUCACUGGUACUGACUUUAUUUUAACAGAGACUCAGCCUUUCAUACUCUUAAGUGACAUUUUAUAUUUUUACAACUCUCCUCUGACCUCCUCAUACUGCAAUGUAAUCUAUACUGUAAGAUAUAAUUCUCAAAUUAAAAAAAUACAAACUGAUAGCAGAAACAGAAUCAAUGGUGGCAUAGUCACAUCUAUUUUAACACAUGUCCAAACAUCAUAAAUGAUUUUUUUUUAAAUGCUAAUAAAUUUAUAAAAAUAAAAACUGAUUGUAAUUUCUAGGCUAAUCAAACUGAUUAAUGAUAAUUAUUUUGGCUUUUCAGUUUUUGUGUACUGUGUUUUUUAAAUUUUUUUACAGGGUAUUUAUAUUUUAAAUUGUGUACAGUAUUUCUAAAUGUGUAGACUGGAUCUGUCAAAUUCAAGACAAAUCUAUUUCUGUAUAUCAUAUAAUUCUUAGUAUUUUUCUUUUCUUCCAGAAAAAAUGUUCCGGAUUACUCAGCUGACAGAGAAAAGAGUGACCUUGGCUUCAUCACAUUUGAUUUAUAUACAGAUAUCCUUUACCAUUAUUUAAAUUCCUUGACAUAACCGUCUUAGUAGAAUGGAGAAAACAUCGUCAACUCAGUGGCUGCCGAGUUGCAUAAAAAAAUUGAUAACAAUAGUUAUGUAUAAUUUUUUUGUAAAUUUCGUAUUGUAUUAUGCCUUAUUUUCUGUUUUAAAUAAACUUUCAUCUAUCAUACAAAAAUUUGAAUGCUGAAAUUUAAUUUUAACCUUAACACAGUCAACAUCUGGGCCCGAUAUUCAACUGGAAUGUCAAACAAUUGUUUCUGUAUUUGACGGCUGAGUACAAGACAAAAGAUCAUGUAAGAAUCAAUACCACUGUUUGAGCGAUAGGUUCAACACACUUUUGAAAGAAGAUUGUGUAAAUCAUGCAACAUAAAAUAUCACUCUUUGUUAUCAAGGUUUACCAAAUUUCGUUUUCAAUAUUUAUUUUUUGUUAUAACUAUUGGAAAAUUUAUUGAGUAAGAAUGUGGCCAUUUUUAUUUUAUUUUAGUUUUAACGGUAGAUGUUUUUGAGCCAUUCCAAAGAGUUCAUACUUUCAAUUUUUCAGGCUCUUAAUCAAGUAGUUUUAUGGGACAAAAUUGUGGAAAGGGGAGACAAUACUAUUUUAGAUCUCAGGAAUGCCAACACCAAGUAUUACUUCUGGGACUUUGGAAAUGGACUGAAGUAAGUUCUUUUUUUGUUUUCUGUAAGUCAUUUUGUUCAAAGCUCAUUACUUUUGUUGUAGCAUGCAAUGUUUUUGGUUUUUUGUUGUUUUUUUCUUGAACAUGAAUAGAAACAUCAAAUGUUUCUGAAGAUUAAAACCCAAGAAAUGGGAAAUUCAUUUCGUUUUGUCCUCACUAACUGGUACUGAGGCAUGACCAAGCAACAUCACAUCUCUAAUAUUCUGCUGCAUCUGUGGGAGCCUUCUACAGCAUCAGUACCUAGCUAAUCAUGACUUGUCCCUAGUUAGAAGUUUGCCAUGGGAAUUACAUAACACAAUCUUGUAAAAAUGAAAAAUGAUACAGACACCUGCAUGGAGAAAUAUUAGGUCAAAUUAACAGAUUUCUAAUAGCUUAUAAUUCAGACUAAAAGAUUUCUAAUUGCUUAUAGAUCAGACUCACAGAUUUCUAUUUGCUUAUAGGUCAGACUCAAAGAUUUUUAAUUGCUUUUAAUAGUUUUAAGCAGUAAUUUCUGCAUUUACUCAUUGUCAUGUAUCUUAAAAAUUUAUUUGUUGGCUUUUUUUUAACAGAGGCAAUGAAAAUGUGACCUUGACCCUCUCAUGGAAUGUCAUCCCUAAUGCUGGAACAUUACCAAAGGUGCAAGGCUCUGGUAGUCACAAAAUUGUGUUCCCCGAUCAGUACACAGCAGGAAACAGAUUUUAGGCAAUGAAUACAGAGAAUUAAAGAAAAUAUCAUUGGUUCCUCCAAGCAUAUAAAAUUACCUACGUGCAGUUCCCUGUUUCUGGUGGUCCUCUUUUAUUUUGAGGAUUACUCUUAUCAGUCCAUAGUCAUGUUGUAAUUAUUAACUAAAUUGUUCCAUUAAAUUGAUUGUUUUCAUUUAUUUGUAUUUACCAAGUUUUUUAAUAAAUGAGAGCUAUGGUAUAUUUGUGGUGCUUGAAUGUUGCUGCAUAUGUAUUGUUUCUUGGCACACUUAUUAUAAAAUUAUUUAAUGGUGUUAAUGUUUGACAGUUCAUUAUUUAAAAAAAAUUAUUUCACAUUUUAAAAAUCAAUCUAUGUCUCCAAUUAAAUGUGUUUUUACUACAUAAUCUGGGCAAAUGUUACAUACACACAAAAUCAAAAUGGUAGUUAUGUUCAUAAUUAUUUUUGACAACUCUGAACUCAACAUGAGUGUCUUGCCCUAUUAUGGUUAAGCUUAAAGCUCGCCUCACUUUUUAAUAACUUAUUAAAUCUUGCAUUUGCAAUGCUGAUGCAUAAAAUCGUAAAGUUGUAUAAAUUUUUUAAAAACGCUUUUUUUUUUUUUAAAGUAAGUAAUUCUCAGUUAUAAUGUUCAGUUUUAAUAAUUUAUAAUUCAAGAUCCGAUUUUUUUUUUCUAAGGCAGUGAAAAUUUAUUUUUAUGUCAUGCUCAUCAUUCCAUAGGGUAAGUGACUAAUUCUUAUGCAUACACAUUUUUAAUUAAUAAUAUCAAUUUGAUAUACCGGUACUUCAUCAAAAGUAUGUUUGUUUUUUAUGGCACUUUGCAACAUUUUAAUGUUUGAGUUGAGUGAUCUUUUCCUUAUCCUGUUUGUUUACUUCUGGGCAAAUGGUGUUUAAAUUAAAGAAACUGUUGAAAAAA